AACAUGGAGUUAACUGUUGUAAUUCAAUUCAGUUUUAUUUAUAUACUGUCAAUAGAAACUGUCUCAAGACACUUCUGGCCCGAACCCUCCAGAGCAAGCAUUAACGUGAAAGAUAGCAACGAAAAACUCCCUUUUAACAGGAACAAACACUGAGCAGAACCCAGGUCAUAUAGAGGGACCCGUCUGUCCAGAAGAAGCAAGAUAAACGUACACCUGUAAUUGAUACAUCCAUCUGACUAAAGCAAACAUGAAGAAUCUGAUUAUGAUACAAACACAAGAAGUAGCUGAUGUUGUUUGAGAAUAUCAGAGGAAUCAUACGCAGGUUGGAGAAUUGUCAUUCAGGUAGUGGAUAACUGCAGGAGGCCAUGACGACUGGGUAGGUUGUACGGUUGGAUAGAGUAUGGGAUAAUUUACAUUAAUUUAGUUUAUUUUGAACAUGUAAAAACCAAACAAAAUGAAAAUAAAAAGUAAAAAUAAAGUAAACAAAAACUAAAAAUUACAUAUUCAACAUAUCCAAAAAGGAGUGGGAGGAAGAACAGCCUUUUAUAUUUUAUCCCAUCUCUUCUUAAUAGAUCAGUAAUGUUUGAAUAAUUCGCUUCUAAUCGGUAAAAUAGUAAUAAGAAGAAGAAGAAGAAGGAGAAGACGAAGAAGAAGAAGAAGGAGAAGAAGAAGAAGAAGAAGAAGAAGAAGAAGAAGAAGAAGAAAAUAUUAGACAUUAAAAGAAACAGAAAUAUUCACUUUGUUUGUCAUCUUAUUGAAAAGGUUGUCACAUAUUCAUACUAAAACCCAGUGAUGAAAAGACGAGGCGUUGUCUAUGGUCGUAGGCACCUGUCGCCCGUUGACGUCAGACGACGUCAUUUCUCUCUGCGCUCUCAUUGGCUGAUAUCUUCCCGUCGCUUCCGCCCCCGCAGUAGCCAUAUUUGUUGAUGUGUCAUAUCAAAGUGACUUGUUGGGCGAUCAGCUGGAGAGAACCAGGCAGCACCAGGUUCAUUCCCAUCGGGAUUAUCUCCUCUUUGAACGGCACCAUGGUUUAUUCUCUCUGGAUUUGAACCACUGGGGACCAAUGGAGCAGCUUGGUCCUGCUGAAGACUCGCACACGAUGGAAGGAUCCGAGGUUCAGUCCGUGUCAGGAAUAUCCCUCCCAGCGAAUCAGCUUCACGACAGAACGUCUGAUACAGAAGAGGAGGAACUGAUCUCUCACAACGGGGAACAUGAGUCAGAAGUUUGCGGUCUGGCGAAAGAUAAAUCACAGCUUGACAACGGAUUGAGCGAGGCUGUGACAGAUGUUGAGAUGGACGCAACAGAGGCAAGCGGUCAGGAGGUUCUGGACGGGUCAGAACCGACUGCCGAUGCCAGUGCAGUUUCUGCGGGAAGCGUAAAACCGCCACUUUCGAAUGAGACUGGUGGUGUUUUAGUAACCACAGCCGCCGCCGCUCUGGAUGUAGUAGAAAGCUCUCCUUCUGUUCUCGAAGGGACUCCGGACACGUUAUUGACUUUUGAUGCCACCACCACCUCAAACGGCAACGAGCAGCCGUCACCCUCGGUCGGAAAUCGUCCGUCGGAGCCGUCGACCGUCAAUGAAAGCGCUUCAGCCGAGAGUCCGUCUCCUCCAUCGUCCUCUCCCGUGCAAAGCGCUUCCAAAACCUCCGUCCCCGACUCGUCGACGACCUCCGGGAUCUCAAACGGCCCCUCCACCCCGGGCUCGGACACCGUGGGCUCCUCGCUCGCUUCCAGCCCUCAAACCAGCGCCAACAACUCCGUCCCCUCGCACUCCACGUCGAGUCCUUACGACACCGAUUGCAGCCGAAAGCUCAUUUCGCAGAUCCAGCGCUCGCUGUCGCAAGAGUCGCUGCUGGAUGACAUCGAGUCAGAGCUGCUGGCUUGUCAGCUGCCUGAGGUCAGAGGUGGAGGGGAAAGGAAGGGGAGCCCGCCUGUCAACGGACUCCAAACAGACCAGGACGGCUGCAUGGUGGUGUUUGAGAAGUGUGUGCAAUACAAGUAUGCGCAACAGGAGAAAGCUGUUCAGAGAUUGCUCGAGGAGAACAAGAGACACCAGGAGCUGAUCCUCGGCAUCUGUUCGGAGAAAGACAACAUGAAGGAAGAGCUGAAAAAGAGGGCAGAGACGGAGAAGCUGCACACGGCCACCAUUACGAAGCUGGAGGGCAGGGUGAACGACCUGCUGCAAGAGCUGAAGGAGUCUCGGGAUAAACUCAUUCACCAGGAGCAGGCGGCGAAGGCGGCCCUCCAACAGAUGCAGAAGGAGACUGCUCACCGGCUAGAACAGGUGAACAAGAAGUGCGACGAGGCGCGGCAGGAGAAGGAGGCCAUGGUGAUGAAGUACGUCCGGGGGGAGAAGGAGGCCCUGGACCUGAGGCGGGAUAAGGAGGGUCUGGAGAAGAAGCUGAGGGAGGCCACCAAAGAGGUGGACCGCCAGGCCCUCCGAGGAAACCAGCUGGCUCAGGACAAAGGCCGGCUGCAGCAGCUGUACGACGCUAAGGAAGGAGAGGUGGGCAGGUUGACUCGGGAGGUGGAGAAGCUGAAGGAGGAGAUCAACUCGCAUCUCAUCAAGGUCAAAUGGGCCCAGAACAAAUUAAAGAGCGAGGCAGACGCGCACAAGGAAACUAAAGACAAACUGAGAGAGACCACGUCCAAGUUGGCUCAGGCCAAAGAAGAGACUGAACAGAUCCGCAAGAACUGCCAGGACAUGAUCCGGACGUACCAGGAAUCAGAGGAGCUCAAGUCCAACGAGCUGGACGCUAAACUGAGGGAGACCAAAGGAGAACUGGAGAAACACAAGCAGGAACAAACCGACCAGUUAGAGAUGCACCGGGUGAAGGCCAAAGAGCUGGAAGACCUGAAGAGGAGUUACAAAGAGAGCAUGGAUGAGCUGUGUACGCUGCGCACCAAGUUAAAGUGUCUGGAGGACGAGCGUCCGCGGUGGGAGGACGAGCUGACCAAAUACAGGGAGAUCAUCAACCGGCAGAAAGCUGAGAUCGGCCGCCAGAGACAGGAGCUGGAGGAGGUCACCGCUCUCCAGGAGCAGCAGCAACGCGACCAACAGGAGAUCAAGUCCCUCCGCGAGGAAGCUGAAGGCCUCACCAACCAGCUGACCGACCUGCAGCGGGACGUGCAGGGCAGCAGGGAGCGCGAGGCCGAGCUGCUGGGCUUCACCGAGAAGCUGAGCAGCAAGAACGCGCAGCUCCAGUCGGAAAGCAACGCGCUGCAGUCGCAGCUGGAUCAGCUCACCAGCAACUUCGCGGAGCUCCAAGCUCAGCUGGAGGAGACCAACAGGCUCCUGGACGACAAGUCGCGGCAGCUGAAGCAGGAGGAGGCGCUGAGGCAGCAGGAGGUGCAGGGUCUGCAGGAGGAGAGGGCGGCGCUGCAGACGGAGGCGACCCAGCUGAAAACCAGAGUGGAGGAGCUGAGGGACGAGCUCGUGACUCAGAAAAGAAAACAAGCCGCCAACAUCAAGGACCUCACCAAACAACUGACUCAAGCUCGUAAGAGGCUGGAGCAGGUUGAGAAUGGAGGAUGCGACCGAGAUGUCAGCAGCAUGGGCAGUCGCUCCAGUUCCUCAGGUACUUCUGCGGCGUUUGGCUCUUUGAACGCGCGCCACGGUGGGAGUGUCGAAGACCGGUCUCCGGAGAGCCAGUCGGGUCCUUCAGUGAUGGUCGUGGACAAUUUCCCAGAGGUUGACAAGGCCGUCCUCGUGGAGCGCAUUGUUCGUCUGCAAAAGGCUCUGGCCCGGAAGCAGGAAAAGAUCGAGUUCAUGGAGGACCACAUCAAGCAGCUGGUGGAGGAGAUCCGUAAAAAGACCAAAAUUAUCCAGAGCUAUGUGCUCAGAGAGGAGACGGGGGCCCUCUCGUCGGAGGCAUCCGACAUCAACAAGGCCCACCUGAGCCGGAGGGGAGGCAUCAUGGCCUCCCUUUACACCUCCCACCCGGCUGACAGCGGGCUGACCUUGGAUCUGUCGCUGGAGAUCAACAGGAAGCUGCAGGCUGUGUUGGAGGACACGCUGCUGAAGAACAUCACUCUGAAGGAGAAUCUGCAGACGCUGGGCGCCGAGAUCGAAAAGCUCAUAAAACAGCAGCGGGAUCCCAAGGACGACGCGAGGCGGAAGUGACGCGAUUAAGAAGAGGAAAUGAACGACCAAGAACAAGCCUGGGAACCUCCCCCCUGCUCUGCCCCACCGUUUUAGACUCUCCUCAAAAACAGACGAAGGAGUAAAACUGAAUGUUGUUCGGUGCCGGCGGGAUCUGAAGGUGUGUUUUCUGGAGAACCUCAUCCUACCUGAACUGUCACUACUUCCUCCACGUUGCACUCCUGACACAUCCUCCUCAUCUCACAUCCUCGCCAAGACAACGCUCUUCUUCUUCUUCUUCUUCUUCUUCUGGCCAGUUGCUCAAAGCUUGAAACUCUUGACUGCCUUGUACAGGAAUUAACUGAAGAUGCCAAUAUUAUGAAUGUAUAGCAAAUCCUACCUGGACAAAACAAAACAAAACAAAAAAAAAAAUAGUGGAAAAUUCACAAAUUCUGAUUUUGCCAGUGAGUUAAUCCUGUAAUACAAAUACAGAAAAAAAGGUAUAUUUCUCUCCUCCGAGUAAGAACACUGACAUGAUGUUUGCCAGCAUGCUCUCUCUGCUUCUUCAGCUCCACAUGUUUGAAGGUAAACGGAUUCAUCCUGGUUCAUGGGGACUUGGCUGUCGACCUUUCAUCUUUUAUUAUUUAAUUUUUAUUUCAUUUUUUUGCUCAGCACAGCACUUAUGUCCGAAGCCGGUGAAGAAAGGUGCCACCCCCCCUCCCUGAGCCUCUUUGGGACGCCUCCCCCGCAGCCAAAAUGUGCAAAAAUCUGAUUUUUUGAAAUCUGCAAAUGCACCAUGCGAAGGUUGAAAUGUAGAGCUGCUCUUUAGUUCCUGAAUGUGAUUUAUUUUUUUGUUUUUUUAACUUUAUUUGAUGGGUUGUCCAUUUUUAUUUUUUAUUAUCAUGUAUUUUCACUGAAGCCAGCUUUCCAUUUAGAUUUUUUUUUUCUCUUUUAUUUAUGAAUGAAUACCUCAAACAUUUUUUCGUCUUUUCCUUUCCUUGCUGCGAUCUGGUUGAAUUGCCAGAUUCCCAUUUCCGGAGCUGCAUUUAGUACUAACUGGAAACAACUCAUCUUAAUCGGACGAGAGCAUCUAGAGAUGUUUAUGCUUCGACUUCCCUGAAAGUGGCUUGUUAGCAUCAUUAGCAUUCCUCUUUCCAAACGGCGCACCGGGCGCGUAGGAGCUUCUCCUUGUGCGCGCAACGUGAUUUAGCGAGGAAAGGGACUCAAAUGUUGACGUAUUCUUUUCGCGCUUUCUCUUUUUAUUUAUACUUCUUUUUUUUCCCCCCGAGUACAUUGAAGUAAAUCAAGUGUAGAAGAAUGAAAGGGAGAUUUGUAGCUGUAGCUCAGGAAAGCCAAUGGAACCUACAGAGAUAUAUCCAGGGACAAAGUGCAAUGCGGUUCCUUUUUGUUGUUGUUUUAAUUUUGUUCUAUUUUUUUUUUCUUUUGUCCUGAAAACGUGUGCCAGUAUACUGACUGUUUUUAUGUCUUGUGCAACACGGAGUAUGUCGGUAAUAUGUAAAGUCGUCCUUGCGCACGCGUUUUUCCAUCCGCGAGCGUCAAACCUGCAGCCACACCUGCAGCUCUCCAUCUCUUAGCCACGCACAGCGAGUCCAUCGUCAUCGUGCGAAUUAGCAACAACUCGAAGAUGCCGGAGCUGUCACGAAACAUAAGCCCUCCAUCUUUUUAAUAUUUCCCUCCGCUGUCAGAAACAGGCUUUUACGAGCGGUUUCGGCCCGAGGCUGUGUAGGAAGGGGCCGCUACGUGAAUAAAAAAUUUCAAGGAUUGAAGUCCUUAAAGCCCCCACCCCCACCCUCCGCUCUUUUAUUCCAUGCAAGCUUUAAGUGGGAUCAGUGCAGAAACGUCUAGUCUUGAUUCUCCUUCAUAUUGACAUUUAGUGACCUUUUAAACCCUUUAAUAAUAAUAAUAAUGAUAAUAAUAAUAACCUCCAACUCUAUCACAUUACAGAUUAGUUUCCUGCCAGGCUGAUUGAUGAUUUCACUCUUAAUUCUAAAAUAAAAUAAAAGGAGGUGCGUGCUGCUGCUGCUGCUGCUGCUUUAAGUUUCUUGUUUUGUGUCUUGGUGCAGAAGUUAAAAAUACAACCUAUGCAAUGGACUCGCAUGGGACACGUCCUAAAAGAUCUCCGAGGCAUUUGAGACGGAUCCCAGAUUCUUUCUUUUUUUUUUUUUUUUUUGUUUCCCUCGACGUGAAGCCGUGCUGCUGCAGCGGAUGAAUGAAAAUGAAGAAAUGGUGUAGAGUCUGUAAAUUAUUUUAGGUUUUGUUUAGUUUUUUUUUUUCCGCUGUAAAAUGACUCCCUUUGCUCCUCCUGUUUUUGUGGAAUAUCAAAACUGUGAUUAAGAUAUACAUUUGUAGAUAAUGUCAUUAUGUAAAAUUCAGAUGAGAUGUUUUUAAAAAAAAAAAAAAAAAUGAAAAUGCUGAUUCUGGAUGUUUGUGUACAUACAUAUAUGUGUAUAUAUGUAUAUGGUGUAUCCAGGUAAUAAAAGGAGACAUGUCUUAACUUUA